AUGUCAUAUAUUAAACAAUCUGAUUCAGAUGAUGAUGACGAAGAUGAUUCAUCUUCUAAUGCUUCGUUAGAAAGUUUAAAAAAGCUACUGAUAAAGGAUCAAGCUCAGUCUGAAGAUCAAUCGCACUUACAAUUACAAUCGCAAUCACAAUCACAACCUCAACUGCAACCUCAACAAAUUGAAGAUGAUACUAGUCAUGUUGAAAGUAAAAUACCAUUGUCAACAUCAUUGAUUUUGGAGAAACUACCGCAAAAGGAUCAAGUCAAAAUUCAUGAUGUUAGUCCUACCAAACAAGACAGAAUAUCUCAAGAGCAAACGAAAGGCUCAGAACCCGUAAUUAAGAUAAACAUUAGAUUUCAAUCAAUUGGAUCAACAAAUCAAAUUGAACCAAAUAUAUUUAAAAUAUCAUCAUUUCAAACAAUUUCAACAAUUAAUAAAUUUUUAUGUAAAAAAUUAAAAUUAAAAACUUUACAUUUAUAUUUACAAAAUUCAUUUCUGCCAAGUCCUGAUGAAAAAAUUGGUGAAUUAUAUGAUGCAUUUAAAACUAAUAAUGAAUUAAUUAUUAGUUAUUGUAAUACAGUUGCAUUUGGUUGA